AGAUUUGAUUCAUAAUUCUUUGAAAUUCUGAGGGAGCAUUUUUCAAACCAAACGACAUGACGUUUCAUUCAUAUUGGCCAACUUAUUUAUAAUUAAAUGCAAUUUAUUUAUAAUUAUUACUUAAUUUAGAAUAUUUAAUAACAAUUUUAUUAAUUAAUUGCAUAAAAUUAUUUAAAAAUCAAACCAAUCAAAAAUUGACUUCGUUUUAUAGAAGGCCAACCGAACGUUGACCUCGGUUUGACCGAGGGCCAACCGAACAGCGGGUUCGGUUGUUGAAGGGAGAUGCAAUCGGGAGAUGCAGCGUUUACCUUCUCCGGCGGGAAACAAGAAGGCGCCGGCGACGAGUGCUGGCGCGGACGGACGGCGAGGCGCAGCGGACGGCGAGUGGAGGCGUGGCGUGAGGAGAGGCUGAUGGCGACGACGACUGGAGGCGCGGCGGACGACGACUGGAGGGGUGGCGUGGGCAUCCGUCCUGCUGCCGGCAGAGAGGAGGUCGGGGUCGGUGAAGGGUUUGGGAAUGGGAGGGGUUUGUUUGUUUGUUUUGCGUUUGAAUUUCAAAAGGGGUAAUUCGGUAUAUUAUGUAUUAAGUUAGGACGAUGGUUAGUAAUUUUUAGGACGACCUUUACCCAUUCAGAAAUUAAUUGGGUUAAUGAAUUUGGUGUUGUACUAGUUUGGUGGUCACAUGAAGGCUAGGCUAUGGUAUGGCUUGAUUUAAUUUAGAAUCUUACUGAAUAGAUAAAAACAAAAUCAAGUGUUUGUGAAAGUAUAUCUGGUUCGACGGGAAAAUCUUCUGACCAGUUUAAAUCGGUAGCCAGUUUUAGCAAUAUGAAACAGUUCAACAAUGACCGAAAUUAUUUGAACAAUUGUUGAAUCUCAAAUAGGUUGAUAGUUAAUACCUUAUUUUGGCCUGAACUAUACCAAAACUUUCUAUUUUAGUCCGUGGUUAUGAAAGGGUAAUGUCUAUUUUUUAUCCAAACCUUUUCAGAUUCUUUUAUAUUAUCCAACCCUAUUAAAAUGCUAUUAAUUAGCCAAAUAUUUCGUAAUAAAUCAAAAUAUUAUCC